GGAGAUGGAAAAUAUUUGAUUGAUCCGGACGGAGAUGGCGCUGGUAAACAAUUUCAAGUAUACUGUGAUAUGACCUCGUUUGGUGGAGGAUGGACAAUGUGUUACACGACGGACAGUCAUGUUAAUAUUAAAACUGAACUUCUCACCACACCUGCUCUUGGCUAUCGUGCAGAUUGUAAUAAUAUACCGUUCACUGAAGUCAUAUUUGUUGAUGAAAAAUCCAAACAAAAAGCAGCCUUUAAAAAAAGUGGUUCACCUGUGACAUUCACUGGAAAUUACGAUAAGCGGGCAAAUGCUUAUGGCUUGUGGACGGCGCAAGGUGUGGCAACAACGCAGUACAAAUACCAAAUGUUGAUAUGUGACACAACGUUCUACAAGGGACUGCACUUCUCCGGGUUCACCAAAAACUGCUACAAACAGUGCAAUAAUUGGUGUAGUGACACAACCUCCGCCUACUUCCGCACAUCUGCUGUCUCACACCAAAGUUACAAAGGUGUUGCAUUCAACCAGAAUGGUCACAAACCGUUGCCAAACCGCCUCAUCAGUGCAGGAAUUCGUUAACAAAAUAAUUCGAGCGGAAUAAUUGAAAUGGAAUUAAAUUUGAAUUUAAUAAGCUUAAUUACCUGAUAUAAUUUGUAGUGUAAAUUUGUGAACUGAGUAUUUGAAGAAACUCGGUUUACUUGUUUUGUGUUUUUAACAUUUCUAAUACUUUUUGUCUUUGUAUUAAAUUCAGUAUACUAACAAAAGUAA